CUAUUUGUUGACGACUUUUAAAUCCAUAAUAAAUUAUAGAAGGACGAAUUUGCCGACAGUUGCGAUCAAGCUUAAUUUGUCGCUCUUCAAUGGCUUCACAAAGCUAGAUCACUGGUGCAUCUAGCCCAAGACACAACUAUAACGGACACCAACCGCUGCCUUGUCGGAACAAUCGUUAUCGGUGACCCACCAUCGAGCCCCAAGCCACAACCAUGGUGAACACCAACCGUUGCCGCGUCGGAGUUGCGUCACGGUCACCGUCUCUCCGCUCACGGCCAUUCCAGCUUCCUCAUAGCGUCAUGAUUGCCGAUCGUCUUAAGCAUUCUCCGGAGAUUUAUCGUCAGAAGACGAACAAGGGUUCUGCAACAGUGGGUUUGUGACGACAGGGUAUGGGUUGAUGGUGAUCGACGAUGAUGGGUUUUUGGAUUUGCGAUUGGGUCUUGGAUUAUUGUAUGGGUCUUGCGCUCGGUUCUGUUGGUGGUGUUACAGGGUAUGGGGCUGAUGAUGGCCUUGCCUUGGCUUGGUGGUGGAUUAACUAUCUUGGGUUCUGGUUCUGUUGCUGGUCUUGGCUUGCUGGUGGAUCAAUGAUGAUGGGGUUUUAGGGUUUGAUCGUCUUGGGUUGGUGUUACGGUUUGUGCGGGCAUGUACUCCCCCUACGUCCACUACAUGCUCGACGAAUUUACGUAGAGACUUGGUGUUGAACUCACUUCCAGGUCUCGCCGUCGGCGUUGUAGAUGCCGUGAAAGUCCGACAGAGUGCUUUCUCUUCUCUUGAUCUCAGUUGUUGGGUCGGAAGUGUAUAACUGAGAAGCUCACUAGCUCUUCACCGGACUGAAACUGUGGCUCACACGGGUCGUCUGAAACUGUGGCUCGCCGGACUAGCUGAAACUUUCUGGGCUUCCACUGGACUGAACUGGAACUAAAGCGCAUCAAUUGGGUCUUUGUGAUGGAGCUCAGUAACGGUUGUGAACUUUGUUGGGUCACCAUAGGACCCAGUUAUGAAAAGUAAAAAAAUAUCAGAAUAUACUGGUUUAAUUUCUUCUUUACACCGCAACUCUUGCACUUAAAAAAAAAUCACCAAGACAGAGGUGACUUUGAAGUAAAGAGAUGUAAUGAAGAGAAGCAAGAAAAAAAGAUGUUUUUUGUGUCUGGUUGAAGAAACCAAGUCAUAAUAAAUGGAGUAACCAAUAUUACGACUAGCUCCAAAGUCCUACUCUCUCUGUCUCCAUUACAUAGUCGUAAAAGAUUCUUAUUUUCCGGAAUAAAUUGCAAGCAAUAUAAGCUAAGGAGGCCUUGGAUUGAUGUCUAACAAAGGGGUGCAACUGCAUAUUCAAGAUAAGCAAGUGGUGUUAGAUAAUGGCAUACUUCAAGCCACAUUCUCAAAUCCAGGGGGAACAAUCACUGGAAUUCAAUACAAUGGAAUUGACAACUUGCUUGAGUUUCAUAAUUCAGAACCCAAUGGAGGAGGGUAUUCGACCCUCAAUUGGAGCAAAGUGGGAAGGUCGGGGACAAGUGGAAAAUUCGAUGCGAUCAAAGGAACAAGUUUUAAGGUUGUAGUAGAAAAUGAGGAAAAAGUAGAGCUCUCAUUUGCAAGGACAUGGUACCCUUCUCUCCAGCAUGAGCAUGCCCCCUUAAAUAUAGACAAAAGGUUCAUAAUGCUUCGUGGUUCCUCGGGCUUUUAUUACUACAGCAUUUACGAACACUUAGAGGACAUGCCUGCUUUCAACCUCGAUGAAACCAGGAUCGUGUUCAGGCUCAAAAUAGACAAGUUUCGGUACAUGGCAAUAGCAGAUAAUAGACAAAGAUGCAUGCCCCUACCAGAUGACCGAUUACCAGGAAGAGGUGAAGAACUAGCCUUCCCUGAAGCAGUCCUACUUGUUAACCCCAUUGAGCCAGAAUUUAAAGGAGAGGUAGAUGACAAGUACCAGUACUCAUGUGAGAACAAAGAUAACCGGGUUCACGGGUGGAUAUGCUUUGACCCGCCCGUGGGAUUCUGGCAAAUCACAGCCAGCAAUGAGUUCAAGACUGCAGGUCCACUCAAACAGGAUCUAACAUCCCAUGUUAAUCCAACAGCCCUUGCUAUGUUUGUAAGUGCCCAUUAUGGGGGAGAGGAUCAUGUGUUGAAAUUCAAAUCAGGCGAACCAUGGAAGAAAGUUUUUGGCCCGGUUUUCAUCUAUCUUAAUUCAGUGUUGGAUGAUAAUGACACAUUUAAGCUCUGGAACGACGCCAAAGAACAGAUGAAGAAUGAAGUCCGCUGCUGGCCAUAUAGUUUCCCCGAGUCGAAGGAUUUUCCAACUUCUGAUCAGAGGGGUACUGUUAAUGGUAGAUUGCUAGUCCAAGACAGGUACAUCAGUGAGAACUUUAUCUCAGCAAAUGGUGCCUAUGUGGGGUUGGCUCCACCAGGAGACAUCGGAUCAUGGCAAAGAGAAGGCAAGGGCUAUCAAUUCUGGACCACAGCUGAUGAAGAAGGCUAUUUUACAAUCAAGAAUAUACGUGUAGGCGACUAUAAUCUUUACGCUUGGGUUCCUGGUUUUAUUGGAGAUUAUCGAUAUGAUGUUGCCAUUACCAUUACCUCAGGUUGUGAUAUUGAUAUUGGCCAUCUUAUGUAUGAGCCUCCAAGAGAUGGACCUACAUUGUGGGAAAUAGGCAUCCCUGAUCGAUCCGCAGCAGAAUUCUACAUACCUGAUCCUAAUCCCAAAUAUAUCAACAAACUUUAUGUCAAUCACCCAGAUAGGUUUAGACAAUAUGGAUUGUGGGAAAGAUAUGCAGAUUUGUAUCCUGAAGGGGAUUUAGUUUACACAGUGGGUGUUAGUGACUAUAAAAAAGAUUGGUUCUUUGCUCAUGUAACCAGGAAAGUUGGUGAUGGCACAUACGAUGGAACUACAUGGCAAAUAAAGUUCAACAAUGACAACGCGUAUCAAAGUGGAAUCCACAAACUGCGCGUGGCACUUGCUUCUGCAAACGUUGCCCAAUUACUGGUUAGGAUUAAUGAUCCAAAAGCAGAGCCUCCAGAAUUUUCAAGUGGAUUGAUUGGGAAGGAUAAUGCAAUAGCAAGACACGGUAUUCAUGGGCUGUAUUGGCUGUUCAAUGUGGACAUACCAAGCACUCGACUCCUUCAAGGCCAAAAUACCAUAUAUCUAACACAAGCAAGCAACACUAGCCCUUUCCAAGGGCUCAUGUAUGAUUAUAUCCGUUUGGAAGCCCCUCCAUCUACUAAUUAACUAAUGUUUUAUGCUUGUAGAGGACCCUUCCCUUCUAGUAUUCUGAUUAACAAUGCUAUAAGCCUAAAUCUGUAUGAUAACAAUAAUGGUAAAUGCUAAAUAUCAUGAUUUGUGUGCGCCCGCUAAAUAUAAUGAUUUGAGUGUGUGAAAGUAGAAA